CGCCAGCGCCGAGAAAGAGUCACGGUGAGAGGAUAACAAGUAAUGAUGCGCAAUUAGUGCGCGGGCACAGGAUGAGAAAUGGAAACGCCAACUGUGCGCUCCAGUCACGUGAAUGCGCUUUACGAUUUCUGCGCCCCGGAUCUGUCUCCAGGCGCUGCGUGGAGAGGAGACGCGCACUUUGCAGGCAGGAGCUUCUUCUUCUACUACUUCUCAUCCCCUCUCUCUCUUUUCUCUCUUUUUCUUCGCUGUCACUUCAGUCAGCCGGGAGAAUGAGCGGAUCCGAGUCCGGGCUGCCUCUGCGGCGGGUCGACCUCCUUGUCUUAUAACAACCUGAGGGAGUCUACGCGUGUUUGUCCCCCCAUUCUUCUUCUCUUGGUCUCAUGUUUCCCCUCCGAGCAUCAUUUGGGAGAGAAUGCGUCUGCUCGUUUUCGCGACUUUGCUCGGAGUCCUCCUCGAUGCGGGAGAUCCCCUUCAGAUUCAGUGCUACCAGUGUGAGGAGAUGAAGCACAAUGACUGCUCCACGCCAGAGUACAUCGUCAACUGUACCGUCAACGUACAGGACAUGUGCCAGAAGGAGGUGCUGGUCAAAUCUGAUGGUGAGGCUGCCGUAAUUGACUACGCUCGUUUUGGUCGUAGCAUGACUUUUAUUUUCGAGUCACGGAUACAUUAUCGGAAAUCGUGUGCAUCCUCGGGGGCUUGCCUCAUUGCCUCCUCUGGCUACCAGCAGUUCUGCACCGGCAGGUUGAAUUCAGUCUGCAUCUCCUGCUGCAACACCCCACUCUGCAACGGCCCCAAGAGGAAGCGUCCCACCAACUCGGCGGCAACGACCACCCUGCAGACGAACCGGCCUCUUCUUCUUUUCCUGCUCACACUGCUGCUCCUCCUACUGACGUAGAUGAUGUUCCCGCCACAACUUCGCUGUCCAUCCCGGGGUCUGGACCUUACGAGGAGAUUUGGACACCACAUCGGCUUCGUAGCUUCUCAGCUUUAUGGAAAACUGUUAGUGUUAUUGAUAAAAUGGCGUAACCGCUGAGAGUGACACUGAAACCCCAGAGAAGUGAAAGCAUACAGAGCUUUGUGAAUCAUUGAUUGCUCGGGUUUGAAGAGGAUGCGGCUGAGGCAUCUCUCGCCUUUUUUUCUUUCUUUUCUCUGUUUUUUUUCUCUUUUGGCUUUUUGUGAAGUGGAGCGUUUAUGUGAAGAAGCUGGUCUCAAGUUAUUUUCUGGUUAUUAGAUGCUGUAAAAAAAAAAAGUGCUGGUGGAGGUUAUAAUACUUUUGAGCUUUUUCAUUUUCUGGUCUUACGGUUUGAAACAGCGCUGCUGGUUUCAUUUUCCUGUCGAUGCUGUAGCUGUUUAUGCUCUGAAUACACAGAUUUGACCUUACGAAGCCAAACUUUAGUUUUAUUUCUCAUAUGUUACCGUGAAGACUGCACUUUGACUGAGGCAACAAGUUGAAGGUUUCCCAGCUCUCUUGCAUCUUCCUUUCACAUUUAUGCUUAUUCUCCACUAUCAACCGUCAUUUCUCUUUGUUUCUGCGCUCUCAAUCAUAGGGUUGCUUAUGCGAUAUAAAACACUAUUAGUAGGCAUUAAUAUUCCUGUGUAGAAUGAUCUAUUAAAUUGUCUCAUAACUUUCAUAUUACAUAGUGCAGAAUAAUAAGAAAAAAAUAUAAGUACAAAUAAAAUUCUCACUCGAGACUUGCUUCAGGUGAUCUCUGUCAUAUUUCCCUUUAAGUAUCCUUCAUGGCCCCAAAAUUAUGGUUCCCUCUGCAUGCUGUAAAACAAAUUUCAUAACUGAAACCUGAUUUGAUUCUCAUAUUUCAGUGUUCAGAUGAGCAUUUUAGAAAAUUUCUGCAUUUAUAUUUGCCUCUAAAUGAUCUGUUUGCCUAUUUAUUCUUAUCACGGAUAUUUGUUUGGCUAUCUGUACCGUAUCGUAUUUAUUCUGUGGUGAAUGUGCUGUGGACGGCGAUGCAGACACUCCGGCGCUGUAUUUUAAUGCCACACGUGAAGGUUUUAACGGUCCCGAGGAGAGCGGAGGACAAGAAACUGCAGUUCAAGAACGUCAAGAGGAAAGGCAUACUUGAGUUUAUUACUUCUAGAUUUGAAAAAGCUGUGUCAGAGACGGGCCAUCUGAUAAACUUUUGUCUUUUUAUUGAUCUUCUGUGAAGAGUAACACUGUAUUCUGCUGAUAUGUGAUGUAAAUAAAUGUUGCAGAAAUGUUGCAGAAAAA